AUGCUACGACCAUCAAAGAUAUUUGUGCCGUUUCACCAGCUCCGGCAUUACAUUGAAGCAAGGAUAUCAGAGCUGGUGGUCAUAAAGCAGCCGCCACACAUGAACCAUCAGCCGGCUAUUAAACGAUUUAUUACAACGACUACGCAACAGCAGCAGCAACAAUCUAUCGCAUUCUUCUCUGACUUGCAGCGAUCUCUUGUUCAGAAAGCUUAUCUUCAACAAUCACCACCAUUCAUCAAGCGAAAUGCCGCCAAUCAAAAGCUACUCCUCAAAGUGAUUCAGCAUCAUUUUCCUGUCGUUAAGGUGUUUUCUGCACCUUCACUUCAUGGACGAAUGUGGGCUACCGCUGCGUCCGGUAAUGGACAACAGCAAUUCCGUACAAUGAUGUCUGGCACCUCGACAUCCGGCGGUACUUGCACUGCUUCAUCCUUUAUGACAUGGGGAUUCCCAAGAACAACAGCUGCCACCGUUGGUUUUGGCCGUAGCCCAGCGUUUGCUCGGCAGUUUUCAACCACCAAAUCACCCUCUUGUGUCACAUUGUUCCAAAACACAACAACAAACACCACUUCAGGACAAUCUAAUGUAUUUGCCCAUAUCUCAUCCCGCAUCUUUUCACCUGCUGGCACCAAGAUGAACCAGCCUGAUUUGAAUGAAAAGCAGCCAAAAUAUGCCUCAUUUCACCCUGCUUCCUCUGUUUCCUCGUACGAUAGCGACCAAGAGUCAUCAUCCUCAUUGAGCAAAAGCCGUCUCUUUGCUGUGCAGACCAAAGGAAUGGGUGAAUUAGUGGAUCAAACUGAAAACAACGACCAAGAAUGCUUUGUCCAUGCCAACUUGGUGCGCCGUGAAUCUGUCUCUUCUUGCAGAAGCAGAUCAUCCAAACAAAAGCUCACUAAAAAGCACACCAGCACCACCACCAUCAAUUACGAUGACCUGGAGUCCAUCAUUCGCCAUGACGAUCUCUCUUCGUUGUACACCACCGAUAACAGCAUGUCAAGCAAGUCGUCUACUCUAUCCAAACGCUCAAAUAGCAGUAGCAGUAGGCCACAUUAUUUGAAACAUCAACGACUAAAGCAUCCGCCUGAUCAGCAGCACCACGUGAGAAGACAAGAUGACCAUCCAUUGACCACAGUGAAAAAUGGAGGAGUAACGAAAAAGAAAUCACCAUCUCUCUCGACAUCCAUCUCAUCCACCAAUACGUAUUUGUUGAUCACGUUGGAUACAUUGCAGUUUCUGGACAAGAGAAAGGAAUGGUCGACGCAGAGUCUCAGUACACCCUUCAUCGAUUCCAUUGAGCUGAUGGCGUAUGAUUACCAGGUACACAUCAAUUAUGUAUUGAAGCUGUUGGAUACUUUGCAGAAACACGGCAAAUUUCGAGUAGUUGCUCGUAAAAGCGAAUUGCGCAUCUACUUUCCUGUUCCUCCCAAGUCCAAACAAGAAGCAAUUGAAUUUUUACGCUCGUUCAAUAUUGUAGAUUCCAUGCUGAACUAUUUCACUAUUGUUGUAGAAGAUCGUCAAUUUAUGCUUUCGCCUAGCGACUACAAUGACGAUUAUUUCUCUUUUGUUCCUUCUUCAGCAGCAACAACAGUAAAUGAUACUAUUCACACCAACACAACAGACGCUACCAUUGGGCCUGACUACUUUAAGGAUCUACAGAUGUUUCUGGAUCGCACUGAUUAUUUGAUUGAAACGAGCCCUGCUUUUCGCUCAUCAUCCUAA